AGAGUACUCAAAACAGGUUUGUAUAUGGAGACUAUUCUCAAUUACCCGCAGCUUUGAAUGAACCAUUCCCACUUCCCUGAGCAACAUCCUUCCCAAAACUAAAAACCAAAUUUGGUAUAUAAGUGGGAGUAAACUGGAGUCUCUAAUUUAAUGAGGUUUGGUAUAAAAGUCACCAUCACACCAACCCUUUGGCGCUCCAUCAAGCAUUACAAAUACCAUCAACAGAAUACUCUGUGGAUUGAUACAUGUUUAGUCUGCUUGUCAACAACCAUCAAAAGGCAAUUGACAAAGAGUUUCACUAGAUUUCUGUACUGGUAAUAAACAGGGGUGAAGUAUUUGUCUCUGUAAGAUCAAAAGUGGACAAAUAUUGGAAUUCAAGAUGGAUCUCGAAAGUGCUUUUGAAGAAGGUUUCGACGAGGAUAUGUUUUCAAACAUGACAAAUUACAACGGAACAGCAGGGGUCAAUUAUCCAACGAGAGUGGUACUUGCUAUUGCGUUCCUGAUCAUGACCGUGGUUGGCAUAGUGGGCAAUGUCUUUGUGAUUGGUGCGGUGAUACUGUCUCGGAGGCUCCAGACACCGAUGAACGCCUUUGUGGUGAAUCUUGCGGUGGCCGAUCUCCUGGCCUGUGUCACGUUCCCUACUCAGGCUGCAAGUUUGCUGGUGGGCUACCCUGUUUGGUUGUGUGUAAUUACAGCACUCAUGGACAUCACCUCCCUUGGAUGCAGCCUCAUCACCAUCACGCUGAUCGCAAUCAAUCGCUUCAUCCUCAUCACCAAGACUAAGAACGUCUAUCAGAAAAUGUACACUCCUAUGAACCUGGGGAUCAUGAUUGUGAUCGCCUGGGUGAUAGGUCCUCUCUGCAUGAUCCUGGCAUCUUCCAGGGUCUGUGGAGUCUACCUGGUGAAGCAUGGUGCUGGCUACCUUAGCUGGUUGGUUCCCAUCUUACUUAUUGCAACCCUGGUCAUCAUCCUGGUCUGCUACAUACUCAUCUUUCUCUUCAUCAAACGCCACGUGGCACGCUCCAUGGCAACAUCCAAGCGCCUUGACAUUUCCAUCACCAAGAAUCUCCUUUACGUGGUCUGCGCAUUCUAUGCCUGCGUCCUCCCUUUCACCAUUGUGGUAUCGACGGGCAGAUUCUUCAUCCCACCCGCGGCUCUUGUCACCGUCGAGACCUUCUUCACGGUCAUCCUCUAUAUGAACAGCGUGGUGAACCCAAUCAUCUAUGCUGCAAGGCAUCCAAUCUUCAAGCCCAUCUUUGUGUAUAUGAUCAAGCGCCAGUGGUAUAACAUACCGGAACCAUCGCGACUUGCCAAGUCAUUCGGGACGGACCAGAGAGAUGGACAUUCCCUGGACAAGAGCAUAUCAAGCAGUGUCAAAACAGAGCUUACAUCAGCUUAUGUGUAAUUUCUUCACCUUUCAAUGUUCCUUCUUAUCUCAUCUUAUCACUGUGUCAUUUGAAUGGAGAUGGCUAUAUGAAAAUCACUUUAAAAACAACAACUAUGGAUUAAUAAAGUUCAAAUACAUGUAGUUCUCACUCACAUAAACUCUUGAAAGAACGGUGUUUCAUGAAUUCAAUCCAUGUGACUUUCAAUUUAUAAACUACAUGAAUAGAUCAUGUCUACAUGUAUGUACUCAUUAUUUUUUUUGACUCAUCAACUGGUAUUACAAUGUUUUAGAAUACUGGAAUAUGUUCAAUGAAUUUAUCGAUCACCUAGAUCUUUUUAGGGCACCCAUGGGCAUAUUCAUGUAUAGCACUUAGAAUAUGUUCAAUGACUAUUAUAGAUAUUUUUAGGGUACCCAUGAGCAUCAUGUAUAGCACUUAAAAUAUGUUCACAGAUCUUUUAAGGGCACCCAUGAGCAUAUUCAUAUACAACACUUAGUUAUGUUCAAUGACUAGACAUAGAUAUUUUUAGAGCACCCAAGAGCAUAUUCAUGUAUAGCAUGUUAAGCAUCUCACUAGCAUUCAACAAAAUUAAAUGUAAAUAUGUCCAAUUAUCAAGGUCUUUUGCAGGAGAAAUCUUUUCUUAUAUUUGUACAUUGCUUUUGAAUAUAUGAUGCAAUGCAUUGAAAUUUCAUCAAAAUCUAAUAGGUAAACUUGAUCUUAUUUUGUUAGGGCAGACUUGGAAAAAAACUGUGAAAAUGUUCAUAUACACACAAUACUUAUGGUGCCAAUUUCUAAAAGGGCAUAAAUAUGAUAAUACACAAUACAACAUCUGUAAAGUAAUAUAAUUCAAUAUCUUUGGAAAGUUUAUGAAAGGUUGUGUGAUACCAAUAACUUUGGUUAUCAAUCAUGAUACACAUUAUUAUAACUAUUUACAGUUAUAUUCUUUCAAAAGCAAGAGAACUAGGUUUAGCAUGAUGAAUUAUAUUAUUUUCAAAGGAAGUGAUUGGAUUGGAUAACUAAGCAACAGAAAAAUACUUGAAAGCAAAUAUUUUGUUAAAGAUAUAGAGCUAUAUUGUCCAUGAUUGAAAGAAAUGUGAACUGUAUUGUAUGACAACAAACAUAAACAUGAAUUGUAUAUAAUCAUGUUUGGUUGAUGAAGCAUGAUUUAAAAAAAAAACUAUCAAAGAAUUGAAAGGAAUAUCAUAAAGCUGAGUCAGAAACUGAUGUGCCUGACUGCACAGAGAUGAUUUUUUUUUCUAUCCCGACACUGGGAACAGAAUUCUUAGAACACAAGCAUUAAAAUAACGAAAUCAUGGCUUUUUCACCCCAAAAUUAUACAUGGCUUGGUCAUGGUAGGCCUACAAUGUAAAUAUUUGUGUGAAAACCAUGAACUGGCAGUGUAUUGCAGUGUAUUGCAAAUGUGGGUAUCCAUAACAAAUUUACAUUUACAGUUGAUGCGAGACAAUAGAAUACACAAUACUGAAAAUAAAGGAAAAUAUAUUUAAUCAUGAACAUAUUCAUUCAAAAAAAAGUUCUUUUUAAAGCCUGAAAGUUUCUUUGUAUGAAGCUGACCAACACAGAGACAACCCAAACACCCAAUAAAUUUUAGGAUUGUAAAUGGUUGUAUUAAUACUUGUAUUUUGUUUAUUUAUAUUAAACAGAUUUCUAUAGUUCUUGUGGAUACCAUGCUUAAUAUUUAUGCCUAUCACUGAAAUAUGUGAUAUAGCUACUACACACAAGGUGAUUGACUUAUAUUUUCUUUUAAAAGGUGAUUGAUAGCAGAUAAGAAGGAUGAGAUUUCCAAUAUAUAAAGUUACAUAAGAACAUGAUCCAGUUGCUUGUUUGUUUUAUUUUAUUUUUCACCAUGCAUAACAAAAAUAAAUUGACAGAAUAUAGUGUUACAUGGAUAAUGAUACAUAGUACUGAACUAAACCAAGCAAGAUAUGUUUGAAGCGCAGAGUCUCUAAAAUAACAUCAUAGGUAAAUAAUUUGUUUGAACUAAAACGUGGCUUGAAAUAAGCAUUCAUAAAAAAAACUUAAUUGAAACAACAACUAAAAAUAAUAUCCCAAUAGCAUGCUAAGAUUAGACAUCAUUAACAUCUUGAAUAAAAAAACAACUUGUGGUAACCUAAGAAAUAUAAAUGAUUGUCAACAGUAAUUCUUGAUGAAACACCCCUUAGGUUAAAAAAAAGUAAAAGGAAAAAGGAAAAAAAAUAAACAAGAAAAAAAUAGAGUCAUUUUGACAAACUGUGACAUAUCAAAAGAACUUUGGGAUUUCCCCAAAUUUUGUUUUUGCAGACUACGCACUUUUCGAUUCAGCAGAAGACAAGUUCAGGGUGGAAUUUCCUUUAAAAUGAAGGGCUGGAAUUGAAAUAUAUAUGCUGGUAAUAUCAGUACCAACAAAGUGGUAAUAAGAUCACUAAAGGAAGAGAAGACAAGGGCUCAAAAUAUGUCACUCAUAUGAGUGAUCUUGUUAAAAGAUGAUACUUGAUUGCAUUUUAGGUCAAUAGGACACUAUCAGCUUAUUCAAAAACAAAUGGCUUAUUCUGGGAGUUGAUAUUGAAAUAUUUCCACAACUUUCACUGUAAAGUGAAAAUAAAAUACAAAUAUUAUACUGCACAUGUUUAGAACAUCUGGCAAUAUGUUUAUCAACAUAAAGACUAAGUUCUAAUUUAAAACAAGGCCCUGUUCCUAGUGAUGUUGACAGGUUGUUAGUUUUCUUUGUGUGAAACAUGGAAAUAUGCAGGCCUGAAAUAUGUGUAAUUUCCUUUCUCCUAGUUGUUAAUCUGUUCUUGAAUGUUUCACCUUUGUCUUUUCCUUAAAUGUAUACAUUCUGUCACUAAUCCGAGGUGCUACCUGUAAAAUAAUAUAAUUCAUCUGUAUGUGUUGCUAUUUUGAAACACUUGAACUUUCCGAGAAAUGCAAUUAAUAUUGUUAUUUAUUUGAAAAAUGAUAUUGUACUAUAUUUUAUGAAAUAUAAUUCCAAUGGUUCCUCAUACAUGUAGUAUAUAUAGAAGCUGAUUAGUAGGAUUGAAUGUUUGCAAUCAAUCCUCCAUAACCCUCAUGCAAAGGAAAUGAAACCUAAAUCUCUUUAUUUUAUCCCUGGUUUUCACGAUGCAAGAUAUUGAAUAAAUCAAUACUAUACGCA